AUGACUUCUGCUGUUGAGAAAAGCGUCUCACAGGCUCCCAAACCCACCUAUAUUCUGCACAGAACACCCUGGCGGCCCCCAGUAGCUGUCGCAGCGCAAGGCAUUUACGUGGACCUGGAAAAUGGUCAGCGCCUCAUUGAUGCUGUGGGUGGAGCAGCUGUCGCAUGCAUCGGAAAUGGUCAUCCAAGGGUAGUUCAAGCUCUCAAAGAUCAGGUCGAUAAGGUUUCAUAUGUUUACAACAUGCAACUGUCGAACCAACCGGCCGAGGCACUUGCGAAAAAAUUGGUCGACAGCAGCAAGGGUGCCUUCGCACUCUGUGGUUUUGCUUCUGGAGGCUCUGAGGCCAUGGAGAGUGUCCUCAAGCUCGCCCGGCAGUAUGUGGUGGAGACAGGUCAACUCAAACGCAAGAACUUCAUUGCACGGCAAAUGUCGUUCCACGGGAAUACCCUCGGAACAUUGUCUUGCGCCUUCCACCCCACAAGGCGCGCGCCUUAUGAAGCUAUUUUAGAUCACGACAAUUUCCAUCAUGUUUCUCCCGCCUUUUACAAGCGCCAUCGAAACCAGAAUGAAACAGAAGAACAAUAUGUUGAACGGUUGAAAAAAGAGUUGGACGAUAAAUUUGUUGCCCUUGGUCCUGAAACAGUCAUUGGGUUUGUUGCAGAAACUGUUGUCGGAGCUUCGACCGGCGUCGUCGCUGCUCCAAAAGGUUACUUCAAAGCUAUGAAGUCUGUCUGCGACAAAUACGGAGCAUUGUUCAUCCUUGAUGAGGUUAUGAGUGGAAUGGGCCGUAUGGGGACACUGCAUGCUUGGGAAUCAUUUGGUGAUGGGAUCGCCCCUGAUAUCCAAGCUGUGGCAAAGGGAUUGGGAGGAGGGUAUGCCACCAUCGGUGCAAUUCUCAUAUCACAAAAGAUCGCUGACGGGAUCCGCGACAACUCUGGACUAUGGAAACACGGACACACAUACCAGGCCCAUCCCUUAGCAUGCGCAGCCGCUCUCGCUGUCCAAGAAGUCAUUGAAUCUGAGAACCUGCUAGAAAAUAUCCGAAUUCAGGGAGCUUAUCUAAGUAUAGAGCAUUUAUUGCAAGAGCGCCUAACUGGGCCUAAUGCGUUAGCCGCCCCGUUCGUCUUUGACAUUCGCGGGAGCGGUGGGUUCUGGGGAAUUGAGUUUGAUCUUACGGGUUUGGCUGCAGCCUCUUUCAAUCUUAGAGGAGAACCACUCGCUAUGGCCAUUCAAGCUCGUGCUUUGGAGAACGGCCUCAUCGUCAUGGGCAUGACGGGCGUUGCCAACUUGGAAGGGACGCGAGGCGACGUAAUCAUUUUAGCGCCUGCUUACAACGUGACGAAAGAAGAGAUAGACAAGAUUGUCGAGGUGUUUGUGGAGAGUGUUGAAGGAGUAUUGAAGGAGUCAGCUGUGGUCUAA